AUGUCUCUAGAUGUUAAUUUAAGUGAACCGGAUGAAUUCAAUUGUAUAGAACUACAUGAUUGUAUCAAAAAUGUCGCUGAAAUCAAAGGUAUUAAGGAUUUUGUAUAUCACGUGGAUGUUGUCUGUGGCUGUGGUGAGAACUUUAUAGCUAAUGUGUUCAGAGUUAUAAUAAAAGAAGCUGAAAUUGAUCACAGUUGUAGCGUUAUCGUUAAAACUCUUAUUAAUACUUCAAGACAAGAACUAUUCAGGGAACUACAUAAGAGAGAGGUCAAAGCUUACAAAGAGGUAGUAAAUAAAUAUGUAGAAUUACAGAAAUGUAUACCGCCAGAUGACAGAGUAAUUAUACCUGAAUGUAUAUAUACGAGUAUAACAAAAAAUAAUGAAGUCAUUGUUUUAGAAGAUCUAUCAGAUGUUGGUUUUAAAAUGGAUAAAAGAUUGGUAUCCCAUCAAAAGUUGGGUCAUGAACAUGUAUAUCUAAUUAUAGCGGAAUUAGCUAAAUUUCAUGCAUUAUCAUUUGUUUAUGAAAACAAGGAAGACGAUUUUGAUAGCGUACGCAAAGAAUUUAACGAUCUCAUUUUCAAUGAUACGUUUUUGAAUAAAGCAAAAUUGAGGAAUUAUUUUCAUGAUUCAUUCCAAACAUCAUUGAAUCUCAUUAGUGAUGCUAAUGUUAAAAUUAAACUGGAAAAAGUUAAAGAUAAAUUAAUAGAUCUAUUGAAAUGGUAUACCGAACCAAAAGAAUUUAAUGUGUUCUGUCACGGCGACUGUUGGAUCAACAAUGUACUUUUUAGAGAUCAGGAUACUAAAAGAGAUUUGUGCUUUGUGGACUACCAAGCAUUGCGAUACGCGAACCCAGUGACAGAUAUACUAUACUUCGUAUAUAUUUGUACGGACUCAGAAUUUAGAUCUGAACAUUUUGAGAACAUCAUAAAAAUAUACUACGAUAAUUUCAAAUUAUUCUUAGAACAGUUUGAUAUAAAUGGGGAAACGGUGUAUCCACAGAACGUAUUUGAAAAAGACAUGAAAGAAUUUCUGCCAUUUGGACUGCUAAUUGCUUUAGUGGAGUUAAGAAUAGUGUCAUCAUCUUCUAAUGUCAUGUCAGAUGAAUUAAAUGAAUAUGACAAUAAAAUUGAAUCACAGCACGAAGAUUUAAAAACACGUGUAAAUGAUGUCGUAAAUGAAUCUAUUAAUAAUGAUGUGUUAGAUAAACUAUUGCAAUUAAUUAAAUAG